UCUUUCUCUUUUAUCCUCGUCCUCACCUCCUUUCUCAUCCUCAUCCUCAUUCUCAUCCUCCACUUCUGAUUCCCCAUUCCAUAAUGAAGUCAACAUUCCUUGCCUCGACAAUAGCCCUUGUGCUCGGCACCGUCCUCGUCCCCUCCUUCACACAUGCCGACGUCGCGGACCAAUGCCUUGUCGGACUCGCUGGUCUCCUCUCCAACCCUAGCCUCACUACCUGUGUUCCCAUGGCACAGCUCACGCUGCUGGUGUCGGGCCCCAUCACCCCAAAGCUCGUCAACGACACCGCCGCUGCCGUCUGCUCCUACCCAGUCUGCUCCUCAACGACCAUCACCCUCGUCGAGAACACUGCUGCCCAGAACUGCGUCAACACCUCGGACCCCACCACAGCGGACCUCGUCUACGGUGCCGCCACUCUCUAUGUCCCCUUCCGCGAGGGUGUGUGCCAGCGCGUCCAGACCCCCAACAACGGAACUUUCUGCAUCACUGUCCUGGCGGAAUCCAUGACAGCCUAUUUGGCCCAGCAUCCCUCCCCACUUGGACUCAAGAUCUUCUCGAACGCCACGGUUCUGAAGCAGUAUGUCGACAGCAUGCCCAAGGACCUGCUCUGCACCCCCUGUAACAAGGCGAUGAUCAAUCCGCUGAACAAUUACAUCGCACAGAACCAGAGUUCGCUGAGGCCCCAGGUCUUGAACUGGGCAAAGGUCGUCCAGUCCGAAGUUCAGCUCAAGUGCGGAGCGGACUUUACAAACGGUGCGGCACCAUCGACGACCAGCACGGAUGGAAAGAGUGCCGGCAUCUUGUCUGCUGCAGCAAAGUACUCGGUCUUCACCGCCAUGUUCGGAGCUAUCUUCUCGGCCGGCGCACUGCUUCUUUGAGAGGGCGGCAGUCGACCGUUAGUCCUUUGUUUGGCAAUCUGAUUACAAACUUUAAAACAAUAAUAAUGAGGGUUACACCAAGAAAAGAAAAAAAAACUGCAUCCUUUCCCAAGUGGGACCACUUCGUUUUAGAAACUUCUCCCCCCCCACUCCUCCUUCUCAAGUCCUACUUAAACAGCAAUAAACAUAAAGCGC